GCAUUGUAUAGCUAAAGUUGACGAUCGAUGAAUAUUAUUACAAAAGCCAUACAUAAAUUAAAUACUUAAUUUUAUAAAUAAAAGACUGCACAAUAUGUCGACCGAAAACUUAGCAAAUUUAAGUGACAUGGAGAUACACAGAAGACUAAAAGAACUUGGUUACCCCAAUACUCCAGUAACUGAGACAACAAGGCAAAUAUUAAUUAAAAAACUUCAAAAACAUAAGAAAAAUGAAAAGCUCAAAAAAAGUAAAAUCACAAACUACGUACUGUACUCCAUGGACAAUUCGAAUACAGCCUCUCCACCUCCGACAGUACCGAUGCAAAGGAAUGCGAAUCUCUACACAAAUGUGCAUGAUAACAACAAUGAUAUGAAAAUGUUGAGAAACUCUUCAGUAUUUCACAAGAACGCUACUAGUGUAAAUACGGUACAAAUGCCGGCAUCCCGAAUGUAUGCACCACCGCCGGUCUUGGCGUCACACUAUGAAACGGAUAAUGAGCAUCAUGCAUUGAAUAUAACAAGCAAGUAUCGAAAGCCUUGCUCACCACCCUUCACUCCAGACAAUUCACCUGCCUACGUCAAACUAAGUAGCAAAGCCAACAACUCCGAUGGAGGCGUAGUAAAUAGAUUGCUAAGCUUUCGAGAUACCUCGUUUCAAAGAAAAACAAACUCCAAAGAUGCUUAUACCAUGUACACACCUAAGGGAUAUGUAAAGAACGGCUAUAUAAAAAGUUUACUCUCAUUCGACUAUAAGUCGUUUCUCAAGAAACCUGAUGUUAGCCAAUAUAUAAUACCACAAGUACUUAUUGCCUCACUGUUUAUCUUUUUAACAGUAAUAACAGUUUUGUACACAGCCAAAAAAUUCGAUAUGACUCCCAUUUCACACACGGACCUAAGAUAUACGAUAUGUGAUCCAAAUGAAAGGGCCCUACAGACUGCAUGUAUAAGCGAGGAUUCAUUUAAAAUAGCUUUGAUUAUAAGUAAAGAACUCUUUAUGUAUCUGAAUGAAAAGGCUAGGUUACACCACUGCAUAAAUGAGCAACACUCACCCAUACUUGACUUGAGUGAAUUUAAAAAGGUACUGAGCAACAAUCACAAUGUGCAGAAGUGGAACUUGCAAAGCAAAUUGUUGGCUGCACAAUAUCUCAUUGCGGAAAACCCACAGUGGAUGAUAAGAACCACACGUCCAACAGACACCGACUACAAUUCUCCAGAUGCAAAUUUGAAGUUUGAACUAAUUGAGCCAAGUCUGCCACUGAAGUGCAUUAUACGGAAAAAAAUAUCGCGAUUUUUUACGGUGAUUGGUUUGCUUUUGCUGAUUACAGCAGCUUGCCUUGCUAUUUAUUUCUUAGCUUUUGUUUAUCGAUUUAAGAGAAGAGAAAGUCUUAAAGCAGCUGAGCAGUUCCGCAAGGAUAUAAUUAAUGAGUUAAUGUAUCAUAGUUCACAGAACUCUGAGAACUGUGAAGUCAUCGUUAAUCAAUUGCAAGAUAAGCUGUUGCCAUCAAAUAAACGUUCAAAACUCAUAUGUUCUUGGAACAAAGCUCUAAAAAUAUUGGAAGAAAGUGACAGUCGUGUGCUGUUUGGGAUGAUUGUACGAAAUGGUGAACAAUUGCGUACUAUAACAUGGAAUACUAAUCUGGGAAAUAAGGACUUAGCCAUAUCAAAGAAAUGGCAAAGCUCAGCUUUAGACAACUCAAAUAAAAUUGUUAACCCACCGACAUCUUGUUUAAAAAUCAGACAUAUGUUUGAUGCAUCCGAAAUAGAACAACCACACCUCCGGCAAUUGAUCGUUGACUCCAUAUACGAAAAAGUGGGCCCACACUGCAAAAUAUGUGAUGUUCAACUAGAUACCCAAUCGUGCUGCGUUUAUAUUCGAUGCGCAACUGAAGCGGAUGCUGGCAUUGUACACAACGAGAUAAAUGGCUGGUGGUUCGAUAAGCGUCUAAUAUCAAUUAAAUUUCUCCGGCUUGAACGCUUUUUAAGUCGUUUUCCAAAAUCGUUAGUUGAUCCAUUGUUUUUUAAGUCGCCUAAUGCCAACUAAGUGUAAUUCAUUGACUAAAAGUAUAGCAACAUAGGUUCAUUAAUAAAUAGUCUAAACUAAAA